AUGUCAGUGUAUAAAUCGCCAAAGUCAGUUAUUAAGGAGUGUGAGAAGAUUAUAAGAAAUUUCUCGUGGUCAGGUGACCCUGCAGUUAAAAAGUUAGUAACAGUCAAGUGGGAUGAAAAUAAGGACUUAAAAGUUCACCAAUUGAUUGUGAAUGGUAGGUGGAAAGUACCAGAACAUAUGUACAGAUUCUUUGACAAGAGUGAACUUCUAGUUCUAGCUCAUGGGAAGGACAUACAAAUUUGGGAAACUGAUCUUCAAGGUAAAUUUUCUGUCUCAAGUGCUGCUCAGCUGAUAAGGAAGAAAUACCCAAUAACUCGGUGGGAAAUAAAUGUUUGGGAUCCAUGCAUUCAUCCAUAUACUUCAACUAAUUUAUGGAAGAUUUUGAGAGGUGCUUGUGCCACUGAAGAAACAGUAAGGAAAAAGGGGUUCUUGACUGUCUCAAACUGCUACUUAUGUGGUAAUAAUCAAGACACAAUGGAACAUAUAUUAUGGCAGUGUGAUUUUAGUGUUCAAAUAUGGCAUUGGCUGGGAGGUUUAUUUCAAUGUUUGAAUCCAAUGUCUUUUCAAGAAGUACUACAAGUGGCUAAAGAGAAGAGUGGUGCUAUAAAAGCAAUAUGGUUUAACUGUGCCUUUAAUACUAUGACAUAG